AUGACCGUCGCAAGCCUCCACGCCCCGACGCUCAGAUCCUACCUCGUUUCCGCCAACCAUUUCCCAGAGAAACUGUAUUCCUUGGUUGACAGCUACGCCCGGGCCGCCAUAUUCAACAUCUUCGCCGACGGCAUCAUCAACGGCCACCUCGUCGUCGACGACGAUCAUGGUAGCCACUCCUUCGGGAACCCUGACACGUCACUCCCCACCGUCACCCUGACGGUUCGCAAAGAUCGGAUGUGGACCCGUAUCAUGUCGUCCAGCGACAUUGGCUUCUCCGAGGCCUACCUCAAUGGGGACUUUGACGUCUCUAGCAUGAAGCACCUCCUCGAUCUGUGGCUCGACAAUCGUGCCACGCUGACCGGCCUUAGCAGCACCUUCAGUGCGCUCUGUUCGCGGUACUCUGCGAUCGCCAUCGGUGCCCUGGGCAUCCGUCAGACCCUGCACAUGUCCCGCAGGAACGUGGAAGUCGCUUACGACACGUCCAACAGCUUCUUCAAGUGCUUCCUCAGCGACGAGAUGAUGUACUCGUGCGCGAUCUGGAGCGACGCCGAAGGCGGCCCACGCGGCGAUCUCGUCGGUGGCCCACGCCCCGGCGACCUCGAAGCUGCCCAGCUCCGCAAGAUCCACGCGCUCCUCGCCAAGGCUCGCGUCCGCCCGGGCGACCGCCUGCUCGAGUUUGGCUCCGGCUGGGGAGCCAUGGCCAUCCAGGCGGCGCUCCUCGGCUGCACCGUCGACACCGUCACGCUGUCUCGCGAGCAGAAGGCUGAGACCGAAGAGCGAGCGCGCAAGGCCGGGGUCGCCGAGCGCGUCCGCGUCCAUCUGUGCGACUACCGCCAGCUCCCGCCCGAGUUCGCCGGCGCGUUUGACGCCUUCGUGUCCUCCGAGAUGAUCGAGGCCGUGGGCUCGCGCUAUCUCGGCCAGUUCUUCCGCAUCCUAGACUGGGCACUCAAGCCUGAUCGCGCGACGAUUGUCAUCACGGCCACGUCUCAGCCCGAGCAUCGGUGGUCCGAGUACCAGCCGGACGAUUUUGGGCGCCACUACCAUUGGCCGAACUCCCAGCUCCCAAGUGCCACAUCGCUCCCUGUCGCCGUGCAAAGCGCCGUGCCCGGGAAGUUCAUCUUCCACAACCUAGAAGACCAUGGCGUCCACUACCCGCGCACUCUCCGGGAGUGGGGCCGACGCCUGGAGGCGAACUUCUCCGGCGCGGUCGUCGCGGAGCUGCAGAGCCGGCACCCGCAGCUCUGCGAUCCCGCGGCGCUCGCCGCGUUCAAGCGCAAGUGGACGUACAUGUUCGUCUACGCCGAGGUCGGCUUCGCGCGCGCGUACACGUCCCUCUUCUGCUGGACCUUCGCCCGCCCGGAGAACAUCAUCGAACCGUGCGAUUGA